AUGGCCAAUUACAAAAAUGUAACUCAUUGUUUGUUUGACAUGGAUGGACUGCUAAUUGAUACAGAGUAUCGUUACACGGAAGCGUACAACAAAGUAUUGAAUAAAUACGGUAAAAAUUUCUCAUGGGAGUUAAAAGCUUCAAUAAUGGGAUUCCACUUCAAUGAAGCUGCUAAAAGAGUAGUCGAGUUCCUGGAACUCCCAAUAACACCCGAGGAAUUGAUGGACCAAGUUACACCUUACUACGACAUACUGUUUCCUGACAGCCAGCUGAUGCCAGAUUCUGAAAGCGUGUACAAGACAAUAUACAAUAAAAUAAUAUCGAAAUUCGGGCACAAUUACGAAGGUGAAGUGGUAUUCCAAGUUCUAGGACGUCCUGAGGCAGUAGGAAUAAAUCUUAUUAUCGAUUAUUUCAAACUACCCUUGAGUUUCGAAGAGCAACAAAUUUAUCGAAUUCAAAAUGUCAUGUACCACUUUUUGAAUCUGCUGUCUUCACGAGCUGAGCGACUGUUAAGACAUUUAGUUAAGCACAACAUUCCGAUUGCCCUGGCAACUAGUUCCAGUGAGAAAAGCUACGAGCUAAAGACUAGAAAGCUAAAACCCUUUUUUGAACUUUUCCAUCACCGUGUGCUAGGAGGCUCGGAUCCGGAUGUUAAACACGGAAAACCCGCGCCAGAUAUAUUUUUAGUUGCCGCGAGUCGAUUCUCUGACUCAAAUCCCGUUCAGCCGUCUCAGGUUUUGCAGUGGCUAGUUGUUUUAGCUUCUGAAGAAUUUCUUCUGACUCAGGAUUAA